AUGGUACACACGUUCAGAUUAGACCCACGGGUUGGCAAAUGGGAAAAGGUUAGCCCGAUGUCAACAUGUCGAAGAUACCUGGCAUGCAGUGCACUAGAUGGGCAUUUGUAUGCAAUGGGAGGAGAGGAUGAGUCAGAACGAUCGCUGAAUUCAGUUGAGAAGUAUAACCCAACAACUGACCAAUGGACGGCAGUGACUCCCAUGAACGAGAGGCGAUCGAAUGUGGGAGGGGGUGUUGUCAACAAAAAACUAUACGCUUCUGGUGGAUACGAUGGUGCUACGAACAUCAAUCUUGCGAAGUUUUCGAUCCUGAGACGAAUGUCUGGAGUACUGUUAUCUACAAGGACGACAGGUGACUUGUCGUUCGAGUUGCUGCGUCAUUUUCAUCGUCGUUCGCAUUUUUUCAAUAUGAACUUUGAGUGUCUACUUUCAUGA